GUUCAUUUUAUGACGUGGUCUUUUGUAAGUCAGCACGGAUUGUGCUUGACUUGCGCAUUAGAAACAAGGUUGAAAUAUUGUUGUGUUGGAUUUAAGUCGUGUUAAAAUGGAUUUUCAUUAUGUUUUACCAAACUCUAGAGCUGAGCGCUGUAAGUUUUUAUAGCAACAGUAAAGCCUUACCUCACAGUUUUGAAUCGAAAACGUAUUUAUGCAGGCUUUUAUUGAAUAGGGGACCAUGUUUAUGUGAGGAGGGUUUUUGACUGCAGAAGCAUGUGAAGAGGGUACAAACGUUUAUGUUUCUUACACUGUUCUAAAUAACAGUUGUGUUUGGAGCAGCAUCACAGUUCAAGUGGAUAUAAUCACUGGUCUAGCGAAAUCAUUGUAGGAGAAAACAGCAUGAAGAUCCAAUGGACACGUUUGUGCAAGUGUGUAUAUUUUCGUAUUGAUUUUGAAGAGUCAUAUAACAUUAUCACCUGUUCAAGAUUCGCUACGUGUAGAUUUCUUUUGAAGUUCGCGUCCUGCGAUUACUUGUCGAGAAACUGAUACAAAUAUGAAAAAAAUGAACGAGCCGGAAGUGAUUCAGAUCGUGGAAACGAUAUUACCAAACAACGAAGAUGAAUCGAACAACUCCGGUGAAGAAAAUGGCAUUAUUUCAAAGUGCAAACCGGAUGCUGUCAUAUUUCAAGCAUUUGAUGAUAAUGGUUUCAUUCAUGCACAGCAUAGUUCGCUCGUCAUGACGCCAGAGACCUCUAACAAAUAUUACUCUGCAUAUAGUGGUGCAGUGGAUGCAAGAAAGCAAUACUCAUCAACUACUAUAGUUGGAUCUGGGGACGUUUCUGAGAAUGAAAUGGAAGUGACGACAAUUCACGUUCUUGAUCUUGAUGAAGCGGAUGGGAACAUGGAAGUUGCAUAUGGCAAUGCCCUGCAGGUCCCAAUGGCUGUAGAAACACUGGAGGUUCCGGUCGGAACGAUGAUGACUGAGAACGACGAGGUACAAUCAAUACACAUCGGAGAUUACGCGACAGUCGUCAGUCCGGCGGGCACUUCGGUCCAGGAAGAUCAGUCCAUGAUGAUAGGGAAUUGCUUUGUCACCGUCCAGGAUAAUCAGGUUUUGUCUGCUCCAUCCGGUUGGAACAACGAGUCUCAGUUGCCGACUGUCAAACGAGUGGUACAACCAAGAUGUCCCAUUGGUUCAGAACGUUACGUACGGUUUAGGCGCAGUCGCAUGGUUUCGGACAAGCACACUAGUAUCCCUGUGUCGGAUUUUAAAGCACAACUGAGCGACACUUCUGACAUCAUCGGCAGGCUUGAUCUUGCGCCCAGUUCAAAGAAAAUGAUGAACCACCUGAGCAAUAAGGGCUUUGGGAAAUUGUUUUCAUCUCCAGGUAGAAAGAUGAGUUCCGCAAAUCUCGUACAUCUCUACACUCGACACCUCUCCGUAAAGCAAGCCCCUAUACAGGAGAUGUUCGAUGACAUGGUGUUGUUACCACUGGGCUAUCAGCGUGAAGUGGAUCGAACAAAAAUCAAGCGCAUCACGCGUCGCAGAAGAUACCCGGAGGCAGAAGAGUACCAGCGUAAAGUGAUUCAGGAACAAGUGCAGCAGACGUUUGACAAUCUAGUUGCUGAUAGCCAAAAGAGCAUGGAGGCUGUGUUUCUGGAGAAUUCUAGUUCACUAUGUGAAGAGGAUCAGGGCAACUUGCAGAUCCUAGUUCAGGCUGCCGAGAAUGAUUCGCUGGAGUAUGAAGGAAGGGGCGGCCAUUCAGGAAGACGACGUCCGUCAUCAGUAAAGGAAGACCGCCGCGUACAGAGUCACCCCGAAAACCCGUCUGGCGACGACGUGCCGUCAGGGGACUGGCUUGGAACUGUUCAGCAAUUUAUCAUCAUUGUUCCUAGUGAUCCACUAGUAGACACCGUCACUGAGACUGUGAUAACGUCGUGAAUCACCAUUUCGGUGCAGCGUUGUACCUACCGCCGCUGCGAGGUGAAGACAUGUGCCAUAUUACACGAAGCAGUCGUCUAGUCUGUGAUGCCUAUGUACAAGGAACUGUAAGGGAGAUCCAGUGCACCAGUUUCUGGUUUUACAGGUCCAUAGAACGCUUUGUUUCUAAGACAGACGUCAAGUGGGCCGAAUAUUAUAGUGGUACAGCUUUGUACAAGGUUUGGACAAAUGCAACUUUACUGCCAUCGCACAUGUAAGUAGUAGUGGAGAUCGGUCGUAGUGAGGCAACUCCGAGUUACGUCGUGUCCAGGCAGGUACAGUUUACGCGUGAGUGCGGAUAACACCAAUUCUUCAGAAUCAGAUUGGUGUAAACUAACCUUCCGCUUCUAGACCCUCCCAGUUUUUGUCACACGAUCACAGCUGCUACAUAAACAGAAUUGUCUUUUUCUAAGUAGUACCGCUAUAUCGACUCCGGUUUUAUAGAUCCAGAGAAUCUUUUAUUUCCGAGACUCGUCAAGUGAACCGGGUAUGAUGAUAAUGCACCUUAAACCAUGUUACAGUAUGAGUCAGUCAACAUGCUCAUAUCUUUAUACAUUUAAAUCAGCACAUUUUCUUUCAGUCAGCGUGUCAUAUUUUAAUCGUUAAAUGGCUCUCGUCGCAUAGCGUUAUCAUCACGUUUUGUUGUUUUCAUCACUGUGGGUUGUGCGUACAACUUUGGGUUUUGGGGAUGAGCCACAUCAAAUGUUGAAAGUUUUCAUAUUUUGUCAUACAUUGUAGUUGCCAUCUUCAGGGUGGAUGGGUGUGUCAGGAAGCCUUAUAUAUAUAUAUAGAGCAGGGUUGUCUUUUGACAAAGCCUUCUCCAUUCUUUUGUAUCCUCAAAAUUAUAUUUUAAGAGUCUGGUGAAAUUAUCUGACUACAGAUUCUGUCUGGAACGUCCUCUUGAAUUUUAUCGUUUGGUGGAAAUUUUACUGUCCAAGGAAGAAGUAGUUUUAAGCUCAUUUCACAUUUAUUCUGUCUGUUUCCUCUUGUAUAAUUUUAAUGUCUGUGUUCAUUAUCGCUGCUUAUUUAGAAAUUAAAUGUUUCUAGACUUCUUUCUAUUAUACUUGUUAGUCUUUAUUAUUCUGUUAUAGCAGAUCAUUAUCUGUUUUGAUAAAUUAUAUGCAUAAAUGUAGAGUUAUCCCUGGUUCACCACAUAAUAUCGAUAUAUAGGGAGGUUGAGACGUAGUGCCAUGCAUUCUCGACCUCGGCUCAUAUUUUACACUUUUUCUAGCAGAUUAAUAUUUUGAUGGUCUUCGGUGAAUGUUUUACCAAGUUCAGGUAGAAAAAUUGCUUGAAGACCUCAUGAGGAUCACUGAUGAAAUAAAGAAAAUUAAUUUGUUUUGUUUUUGUUUUGAUAGUACAGUCUGUGAUGACAGACAGUAACCAUUUGUUGAUUGAGAUGUACAGCGAAUAAAAAGAAUCAUUUUGCGCUUA